UGUCCGGCCAGCGGCAGAGGGGAUGUCUUACUAACUUCACCAAAACUUUCUAGAAAACUCAGUCAACAGAAAAAAAGAAAACACUGACUGACUGACAAAGUGUCGUAACUCGCCUCACUCCUGUUUUAAUGAAACUUUAACUACUUUAUGACUUUUUUUUCUUCUUUUUUUAAAACUCAAGCAGAGGCACUGCCUGUACAUCCACUUUGAUAAGUUUUGAAUGAGCCGGGUCACGCUCGCGUAGAGAGUUUUUUCUUUUCCCGUUUUUUUCUUUCUCACUUUAUUUUUAUUUGACGUUGGGGUAAAGUUUUUCUUUAUCAUUUAAGACUCGUGAUGGCUGUCCUGUCACUAGCGUUACUACUUGUAGGAUUUGUAUUGACUUCAGCUGACAAGGCUGGUGAAGUAGAUAGAGAGGACCAGCUGAGGAGCCGCCUGAAGGAGUAUGGCCUGGUCACUCCCUUCAGCACCGACUCUCACGGACACUACCUGUCACACCUGCUCUCAGCCACUCAUAAGCAGCGCGUCAAGAGAGAGGUGUUUUCUUCUAGUGAAGCUGAACAGAAACUUUUCUUCAACAUCACCGCCUUCGGGAAGGAGUUCCACCUCCGCCUGCACCCUAACAACAGGCUGGUGGCCCCAGGUGCGAUGGUGGAGUGGCACGACGAGGUUCAAGGAUUCGGGAAUGUCAGCAACAGUGCAGGUGAUGACCCCAGCACAGACACCAACCAGACUGAAUCCAGCAAUGGGACAGAGAGGAUACUGCGACGCGAGCUGCUAAAGACGGAUUGCACCUUUAUCGGUGAUAUCUCAGACGUUCCUGGGGCCUCGGUUGCUAUUAACAACUGCGACGGACUGGCUGGGAUGAUCCGCACCGACUCCGACGAGUACUUCAUAGAGCCACUGGAGAGAGGCACUCAGGAGCUGGAGGACCAGGGCAGGGUCCAUGUGGUUUACCGCAGAUCGGCUCUGCUGCAGACCCCCUCCGAUAUCUCUGUGGACUACCAGUUACAAGAACCAGAGCUGGAUGUACCCGGGACCCUGGACUCUGUGGCCCGGCAGGUCAACGACACUGUCCGCCGCCGUCGCCGCCGAGAUGCCGGAGAGGACGACUACAACAUUGAAAUCCUGCUGGGAGUUGACGACUCGGUGGUUCGAUUUCAUGGCAAAGAGCAUGUGCAGAACUACCUACUCACGCUCAUGAAUAUUGUGAAUGAGAUUUACCACGACGAGUCCCUGGGCGUCCACAUCAAUGUGGUUCUGGUGAGGAUGAUCAUGCUGGGCUAUGCCAAGUCCAUCAGCCUCAUUGAGAGGGGGAACCCAUCACGGAGCCUGGAGAAUGUGUGCCGCUGGGCAUUUGUGCAGCAGAAAGGCGACCCUGAUCAUGCCGAACACCACGACCAUGCAAUUUUCCUCACUCGCCAAGGCUUCGGCCCCACAGGGAUGCAGGGUUAUGCUCCAGUGACGGGAAUGUGCCACCCUGUGCGGAGCUGCACCCUCAACCACGAGGACGGCUUCUCCUCAGCCUUCGUCGUGGCUCACGAGACCGGACAUGUGUUGGGCAUGGAGCACGACGGCCAAGGCAACCGCUGCGGGGAUGAAACGACGAUGGGCAGCGUGAUGGCUCCUCUGGUGCAGGCGGCCUUCCAUCGAUACCACUGGUCCAUGUGCAGCGGACAGGAGCUGAAGAGAUACAUCCACACCUAUGACUGUCUUCUGGACGACCCCUUCAAACAUGACUGGCCACAACUUCCUGAACUUCCCGGCAUCAACUACUCGAUGGACGAGCAGUGUCGAUUUGACUUUGGAGUGGGCUACAAGAUCUGCACUUCAUUUCGCACAUUUGACCCGUGUAAACAGCUGUGGUGCAGUCACCCUGACAACCCGUACUUCUGCAAGACCAAGAAGGGGCCACCUCUCGAUGGGACGGAGUGUGCUCCUGGAAAAUGGUGCUACAAAGGUCACUGCAUGUGGAAAAACCCUAAUCAGGUCAAGCAAGACGGAACCUGGGGCUCCUGGAGCAAAUAUGGCUCCUGCUCUCGCUCCUGUGGAACCGGCGUUCGCUUCCGGACACGUCAGUGCAACAACCCAGCGCCCUCUAACGGCGGCCAGGACUGUCCAGGAGUAAACUACGAGUAUCAGCUGUGCAACACCGACGACUGCCCCAAGCACUUCGAAGAUUUCCGAGCCCAGCAGUGCCUGCUCCGCAACUCCCACUUUGAGUUCCAAAAUGCCAAACACCACUGGCUGCCCUACGAGCAUCCCGACACCAACAAGAGGUGCCACUUGUACUGCCAGUCAAGGGAAACCGGAGACGUGGCGUACAUGAAGCAGCUGGUGCAUGAUGGGACAAGAUGCUCCUACAAGGAUGCCUACAGUAUCUGCGUGCGUGGAGAAUGUGUGAAAGUUGGCUGCGACAGAGAAAUUGGCUCUAACAAAGUUGAGGACAAAUGUGGGGUUUGUGGUGGGGACAACUCCCACUGCCGCACCGUCAAAGGAACCUUCACCAGAACACCAAAGAAAGCUGGUUACCUUAAGAUGUUUCUCAUUCCUCCUGGAGCUAGACAUGUGAUCAUCCAAGAACAUGAGGCCUCCCCUCAAAUUCUUGCUAUCAAGAACCAGGCAACAGGGCAUUACAUUCUCAACGGGAAAGGUGAGGAGGUUAAGUCCAGGAGCUUCAUCGACUUGGGCGUGGAGUGGCACUACAUCAUCGAGGAAGACGUGGAGACUCUGCACACUGACGGACCUCUGCAUGACCCCGUGGUGGUUCUGAUUAUACCCAAGGACAAUGAAACACGGUCUACGUUAAUGUACAAGUACAUCAUCCAUGAGGACUCAGUGCCUGUCAACAACAACAACGUCAUCCAGGAGGACACGUAUGAGUGGGCUCUGAAGAGCUGGUCACCGUGUUCCAAACCUUGUGCCGGAGGGUUUCAGUACACCAAGUACGGCUGUCGAAAGAAAGGAGACACCAAGAUGGUUCAUCGUGGAUACUGCGACACCAGCAAGAAGCCGAAACCCAUCCGCAGAAUGUGUAACCUUCAGGACUGCACACAGCCUCAGUGGGUCUCAGAGGAGUGGGAGUAUUGUACCAAAACCUGCAGCAGCCUGGGCUUUCAGAUCCGGACCGUUCGCUGCGUACAGUUGCUCCAUGACAGCACCAACCGCUCUGUCCACAGCAAAUACUGCAGCGGCGAGAAGCCAGAGAGCCGGAGGCCGUGUAACAGAGUCCCAUGUCCUGCUCAGUGGAGGACCGGAGCCUGGUCAGAGUGCUCUGUGACCUGCGGGGAGGGGAUGGAGAGGCGUUUGGUCACUUGUCGGAUCGGAGAUCAGUGUAAUGGAGAAAAACCUGAGACUGUGAGACCAUGCAGACCUGGACCCUGCCAUGAUGAGCCCUGUAACGGGGACAAAUCCAUCUUCUGCCAAAUGGAGGUCCUCGCACGGUACUGCUCGAUUCCAGGGUACAACAAACUGUGCUGCGAGUCCUGCAGCAAACGCAGCGGAGCUCUAUCCUUGUUCACCGAGGCGGCUGAGACGGAGGAGCACAUCCGCUUCGGAUCAGCCUCUCAGCUCCUGGAGACAUUAACGGCUUCUGUAGCGGCAAACGCCACUCGCGGUGCUAAACAAGGCUCCGGCAAGGCGUCCGCCACGUCAGGCAAUGCCGCGAGACACAUCACCACCCCUGCUCCGCUCAAGAAAACCCAGUCCAAGAUCACCACGGCACCGAGACGGGUUCCACGGCACAUGGGUCUCACUGGCAGGAAGCUGCCCGCCAUGGCACCAUCUCCACUGGCAGAUCCCACUGAGGGUCAAAGGUCGAGCAGCUCGACAGACAGUCGGCGGCCUACACCGUAUUCUAAAGUGGAGAGAUGAAAGUGACGCCCUUCCCUUCAGGACUCUUUAUGUACAGUAGAUAAUCCAGCUUCAUCUUGAGUCUUCUCAUGCCAAAAACACCAGAGAGAGAGAAAGAGAGAGAGAGAGAGAGAGAGAGAGAAAAGUGCUGGUUCACUUUGUUGUAAAGAAUUUCCCUUCCCUUUUUGCCCCCGACUCUGACUUUAAAUAUCACUGACAUUUUACAAUAAGCUCCCAUAGUAUUUGAAGUGAAACAGAAUGAUUAUUAAUUUCAAGCUUAAUGAAACACAGCUUUGAGAGUUCAUAGAGAAUAAUUUCAGGGAUACAAAACAGCCAAAGGACAGUUUUAUAUUCAAAAUACGCUUGUAUUUACCACACUGUCUCCAAAUUUUAAACAUCUGGAUAUUACAAAGAAGUUGUUGCUUAAUUCCAAUCAGACUCUUGACUUUUUGACCCAAUAAGUCUUGAAGCUUUUUACUUUGAUGUCACCACUGAGGGGACAGGUGCAGGAAGGUGUCGGCAUUUUGCUCUCUGAUUGGUCUUUUCUCUUCAUUUAAUGAAUCAGGCACCUGGGGUGUGUGUGUGUGUGUGUGUGUGUGUGUGUGUGUGUGUGUGUGUGUGUGUGUGUGUGUGUGUGUGUGUGCGUGUGUGUAGCGGUGCAGCGGGGGCCUCCGGCAAACGCUCAGCAGAUGGUGAGAGAGCGAACAUGUCAACAGGUGCCGUCAGUUACAGCUGAUUCAAUUUGAAAACAACUGCAGACUCGCGCAAGAAGAACUCACCGCGUACAGAAGUAGAUACAGGAAGUAGUGCAGAAGUACAUGUUGCACUUGUAAAAGAAAAAAAAUCACUACACAUCUUGAGCGUUAAUAGCUACAGUCGUCAUGUUGUUGAUUUAGUUUGCUAUGAUUUUGAAGUUAAAGAUAAUGGACAAAAAAGUUUUAAAGAUCUAAAACAGAUCAUCUGACACAGCUGAAAAUCCCCUUUUACUUGAAUGUUACAAACUGCCAUUUUCUUGCCAAAAAAAACAUAUACAGUGCAUCCGGAAAGUAUUCACACCCCUUCACUUUCCCCACAUUUCGUUAUGCUACAGCCUUAUUCCAAAAUGGAUUAAAUUCCUUUUUUCCUCAUCAAUCUACACACAAUACUCCAUAAUGACAAAGCGAAAAAGGUUUUUUUAGAAAUUUUUGCAAAUUUAUUAAAAAUAAAAAAACUUAAAUAUUGCAUGUACAUAAGUAUUCACAUCCUUUACUCAGUACUUUGUUGAGGCACCUUUGGCAGCGAUUACAGCCUCAAGUCUUCUUGGAUAUGAAGCUACAAGCUUGGCACACCUGUAUUUGGGGUAUUUCUCCCAUUCUUCUCUGCAGAUCCUCUCAAGCUCUGUCAGGUUAGAUGGGGAGCGUUGCUUCACAGCUAUUUUCAGGUCUUUCCAGAGAUGUUCAAUCAAGUUCAAGUCUGGGUUCUGGCCGGGCCACUCAAGGACAUUCACAGACUUGUCCUGAAGCCACUCCUUCGUUGUCUUGGCUAUGUGCUUAGGGUUGUUGUCCUGUUGGAAGGUAAACCUUCGCCCCAGUCUGAGGUCCUGAGCGCUCUGGAGCAGGUUUUCAUCAAGGAUCUGUCUGUACUUUGCUCCGUUCAUCUUUCCCUUGAUCCUGACUAAUCUCCCAGUUCCUGCCGCUGAAAAACAUCAGCAUGAUGCUGCCACCACCAUGCUUCACCGUAGGGAUGGUAUUAGCCAGGUAAUGAGCGGUGCCUGGUUUCCUCCAGAUGUGACGCUUGGCAUUCAGGCCAAAGAGUUCAAUCUUGGUUUCAUCAGACCAGAGAAUCUUGUUUCUCAUGGGCCUUUAGGUGCUUUCUGGCAAACUCCAAGCGGGCUGUCAUGUCCCUUUUACUGAGUAGAGGCUUCCGUCUGGCCACUCCCUACCAUAAAGGCUUGAUUGGUGGAGUGCUGCAGAGACGGUUGUCCUUCUGGAAGUUUCUCCCAUCUCCACAGAGGGACGCUUGAACUCUGUCAGAGUGACCAUCGGGUUCUUAGUCACCUCCCUGACCGAGGCCCUUCUCCCCCGAUUGCUCAGUUUGGCUGGGUGGCCAGCUCUAGGAAGAGUCCAGGUGGUUCCAAACUUCUUUCAUUUACGAAUGAUGGAGACCACUGUGCUCUUCGGGACCUUCAAUGCCGCAGAAAUGUUUUUGUACCCUUCCCCAGAUCUGUGCCUCGAUACAAUCCUGUCCCGGAGGUCUAUAGACAAUUCCUUUGACUUCAUGGCUUGGUUUCUGCUCUGACAUGCACUGUCUACAGUGGGACCUUAUAUAGACAUGUGUGUGACUUUCCAAAUCAUGUCCAAUCAAUUGAAUUUACUACAGGUAGACUCCAAUCAAGUUGUAGAAACAUCUCAAGGAUGAUCAGUGGAAACAGGAUGCACCUAAGCUCACUUUUGAGUGUGAUAGUAAAGGAUGUGAAUACUUAUGUACAUGCGAUAUUUCAGUUUUUUAUUUUUAAUAAAUUUGCAAGAAUUUCUAAAAAAAAACCUUUUUCGCUUUGUCAUUAUGGGGUAUUGUGGGGAAAGUGAAGGGGUGUGAAUACUUUCCGGAUGCACUGUAUAAAGGGUCACUGUAGGGUCACUGCAUAUACUAAAUCAAACCCCGGACUUUGGAAAGUGACCAGAGAUGUACGAGUGAAGACCAUUAGGAAAAUGGUUUUAGUUGUAUAGUUUUUUUUUUUUUAUAUAUAUCCAGCAAUGUCUGUUGAGUAGCACUCUACGGUUUCUAUGGAAAUGGGUAUUUAUAAAGGUUCCUGUAAAUACUGUACAUGAAAAUAUCAGUAUUAUUUUAAAAAGCUAAGGAUACUUUCAAACACCCUUUUUAAUCAAUUAGAGUAAGAGAGAUUCUUCUGAAUGUUUACCUUCAGUAGCACUGUAUUGACAUCAGUGUGAAUGGAUGAAUGGUGCAUUAUUCCACAUUAUUCCAAAUCUCUGGGGCAGUUUUCCCUGACUUUUUUUUAUUAUUUUUUUAAAGGAAUAGUUUGACAUUUUGGGAAAUACCCUCAUUAACUUCCUUGUCAAGAGUUAGAGUAGAAGACUGAAACCAAUCUCAUGUCUGUACACUUAACAUGAAGCUACAGGCAGGAGACCGUUAGUUUAGCUUAGCAUAAAGACUGGAAACAGAGUGAAACAGCUAGCCCUCUAAAGUCUUGUUCGUUUAUUCAUACGAAAAUCCAAAGUCUAGCAAUGAUAUUUAAAGUUCAAAUUUAGCAUACCAAUAUAAGAAUAUGACUCAAAAAGAAAGUGAAUGAGCAUAUUUCCAAACAUGUCACACUGUUCCUUGAAGAAGCAUUUUCAUCCCAGCCUUUACCUUUUUCUAAACGAGAAGUUUGUUUGGUGCUAGCCAUCGACCUUUUUGACUCUUUGUACACUUUGUACCGCCCUCCUCGUGAACGCUCUCGCUCGGAAAUAUUGAAAUAGUCAAGUUAAAGAAGGGAACUACGUAGGGGACACGUUUUUCAAGUGUUCUCAAUGCUAUAUGUUUCUUACAGUGGGCUCUUGUUCAGCUGAGAAAUUCACAACGCAUUGAAAAUGUGUUGUGAAGUUUUUUUACAUUGUGUGACCAUGAAAAACACAAACACUCCUCAUGAAAAUGCUAUUUAGUGUUGUAUUUUCAGAUUACUUUCUAUAGUGACAUGUACUGUUGAAUUUCAAACAUCUAAAGCUGCAUUAAGCAAUUUUUGACCACUAGGGAACAGACAGACUCUAAAACACACUCUGAUAUCCCCGUUAACCUAUGAAGUGCAAAUGGCUUACCUGGAUAUUUACUUAUCCAGCAGACAGAGAGCAUCCAGCUAAAUGUGAUGAUUGUAAGUCAAAUUUUUCACUCUUGUUUUAGCUCAGGAGUUGAUCUCCACCAACUCCUCAAAAAAAAAAAAAAAAUGGCUCUUUAGCUGCUAGAUUAUCUGAUGUGUUCAACUGCUACCUGUCAGUUCCAAAAUCUUCAAAGCCGUGUGGAGCUGCAGAGUUUGAUGUCAACUCUCAGUGGGUUCAGCACAUUUUCACAUUACACAGAGAUAUUUAGUUCAAUUAAAAUUUCAAAAAUGUGCUUAAUGGAGCUUUAAUCUUACUACACCCUUCAGUCUGAAUAAGGUUCUGUUAUACAGUUUGUGUUUGCUGGAACAAAGCCUCAUUGUAAGCACAAAAAGCUGGACUUUCAAGAGUUUUACUGUAUGUGGAACAUGUUUUUAUUUUUUUUAUUAUUUUUUUUUUUUCCAAAGUAUUUUUAAAAUGGCUUUUUUUAUGGUGGAGAAAGGUUCAGGAGAGAGAAAGCUAUUUAUUGAAAAAAAAAAGGAUUUCCUCACAACCACCAUGCAUCUGACUGCAAUAGCAAAAACACAGUUUUUGUGUUUUCAGCAAAGAAAUAGCUCGCAACUAUUCACACUCACUCCUGUGUGCCAAUGUAUAGUACAUGUAUAUAGCAUUGAGUACAUGAAUAUUUAUUGAAAGUUAAAGGGUUCUGCUUUGUUUUUACAGCAUGUGCGGUGCCAGCUGAUCAAUAAGCUGCAACUGAUAAACCAUUGAAAACUGAUUUUUUUUUUUUCAUCCACAUUCUCAAAUUUUAACUGGAUUUCUACUUUUUAAAAAAACUUGAUAGAUUAGAAAUGACAUUGUUUUUUGCAAACAAUUAGAUGUAAAUAUACAUGCUCUAUUUUGAGAUGUUUUACCUUUUGUCAGAGAGCUGUCUUUUCACAGCUGUUUUGUAGAAGUCGUUAACCGAGCUGUUACAUCGCAGGAACAUGUACUGACCAGACAAAUGCUUUAUUUUAACCAAUAAAACAUAAAUAGUGUAGUACCAGUAAACAAGUAAAGUUGUUUUUUUAUGCUGUUUGUAGUUGUCAGUGUUGUCUAACCAUUUUACAUUUUCCUCCCCAGUUCUUUUCACAUCCUUUACUUGCUGCCUAUAAAACAUUGCUGCUAAUGUUAUAGAGAGCUUGUAAUGAUAAAUAGGAUAGUUGUAGAUGUUACAUUGACAAUCCCUGAGCCUCAGACAGAUAUUACUGCAUAGGAUUCUCCAUGUACUGUAUCAAUACCCCUGUGCUAUCCAUGCAUUGAAGAAUUACGAUUGUCAUGACUGUCAGUCACUCUCUGCUCUAUUCGCUUUUCUAUGUAUUUGUGUAGAUUGAAGUGUACACUACUGAUACUGUUUGUUGUAAUGGGGAGCACAUAGCAAUAAAAGAUAUGAUUAACUACUCUGA